ACACUCAUCUCAGAGAGAGAGAGAGAGAGAGAUGAAGGGGCCGGUGGUGGUGACUGGGGCCUCGGGAUACAUCGGGACAUGGCUGGUGAUGAAGCUUCUGCAGAAGGGGUACGUGGUCAGGGCCACCGUGCGAGACCCCACGAACCAGAAGAAGAUCAAGCCGCUGGUGGAGCUGCCGGGAUCGGUUGAGCGGCUCACCAUCUGGCGAGCGGACUUGGAAGAAGAAGGAAGCUUCGAUGAGGCGGUCAAGGGAUGCGAGGGAGUGUUCCAUGUGGCCACUCCCAUGGAUUUCGAGUCCAAAGACCCUGAGAACGAGAUCAUCAAGCCCACGGUCGACGGAGUGCUGAGCAUCAUGAGGUCCUGCAAGGAAGCCGGGACGGUCAGGCGCGUCGUCUUCACUUCCUCCGCCGGCACCGUCAACGUGCAGGAGCAGCAACAGCCCCAGUACGACGAGAGCUCCUGGAGCGACAUCGACUUCUGCCGCCGCGUCAAGAUGACCGGAUGGAUGUACUUCGUGUCCAAAUCUCUGGCUGAGAAGGCAGCGUACGAGUUUGCGAGGGAGAAUGGCAUCGACCUCAUCAGCAUCAUCCCGACUCUUGUCGUCGGCCCCUUCAUCACCACGACCAUGCCGCCCAGCAUGAUCACCGCGUUGUCACUCAUCACAGGAAACGAAGCUCACUAUUCGAUCUUGAAGCAAGUUCAACUGGUUCACUUGGACGACCUGUGUGAUACCCACGUCUUCCUGUACGAGCACCCCGAUGCAAAUGGGAGAUACAUCUGCUCCUCUCAUGACGCCACCAUAUACGAUCUCGCCAAGAUGUUCCGAGCGCGAUACCCCCAGUACAACAUCCCUCAGCAGUUCGAAGGGAUCGAUGAAACGAUCGAACGGGUGCACUUCUCCUCCAAGAAACUCACCGACCUGGGUUACAAGUUCCGGUACACGAUGGAGGACAUGUUCGAUGCCGCCAUCGAGUCGUGCUGGGAGAAGCAUCUGAUACCACUCCGGACAGCAGAGGAACAGUGCAGUGAGGUGGGCAAACCUCUGCCUCUGGCAACAGAGACACUGAGUGAGUUCAGUGAAGAGAAGGUCCUGAUGGCUUAGGUGGAGACACUCCGAGAUGCACCAGACAUUGCAUGAUUUCUUCUCAUCACAGGAACAAGUCAUGUCCUGUGAAGGUUGACUAAUUUGUCUUGGAGUGGCCAAAAACCAGAGAUAUAUUUAGCUGCCUCAAUUUGAUUGUAAUC